AUGGAGGGGCGGAGGAACUGGGAUGGCGUGCCUUUGGGGGAGUCCCACUCACCACCACAGUCAGUGCCGGGCCGAAGGACCCCGCUGGGCGCUGUCGGUCUUGGCGGGUUUUAUAUGCAAGGUGGCCAGCCUCCGCCGCCUCCGCAACACUGCUAUCCCACAGAUGAAAACCAGCCAGAACCCGGAACCAGUUAUGGUCAAAGAUCGAUGGGAGAUGGUAAGGGUAAACAAAAAAUGCGUCAAGGAAAAACUGUCAGAUUGAACAUAAAUGCAAGAGAACGAAGACGGAUGCACGAUUUGAACGAUGCCUUAGAUGAACUACGAGGUGUCAUUCCAUACGCUCAUUCACCGUCCGUACGAAAAUUGUCCAAAAUUGCAACUUUGUUAUUGGCAAAAAACUACAUCUUAAUGCAGGCCAGUGCCCUCGAUGAGUUAAGAAGAUUAGUAGCAUACCUCCAGAGUACAGCCUCAGCAGCUGGCAUCGUACCACCACCAGGAUUCGACCUGACGGGAUUCCCAGCCGCAGCAAAACUCCUUCAACCCCCUGCGCCAGGGCCACCUGCCCCUCCUGAACCGUCAUCUUGA